AUGCCCGCCUCAACUACCGUCCCUACUCCGCAAGAUGUGCUGGUCCCCGAAACUUUGCUGAAGAAACGCAAAGUUAAUGACAAGGCCCGCGAGGAGAAGCUUACCAAAGCUAUCGAAGCCCGCAAGGCCAGCAAGGCCAAAAGACAGGUAAUCUUCAAGCGUGCCGAGCAAUAUGUCAUCGAAUACAAGAGGAAAGAACGUGAGGCCAUCCGCCUCCGUCGAGCAGCCAAAGCCUCUGGAGACUUCUUUGUCCCAUCUGAGCCCAAGGUCUAUUUCGUUAUCAGGCUGAGGGGUAUUAACGAAAUCGCCCCCAAGCCACGAAAGAUCCUCCAGCUUCUACGAUUGCUCCAGAUCAACAAUGGUGUCUUCAUCAAAGUCACCCGAGCUACCACUCAAAUGCUUCAAUUGGUUGAACCUUACGUUACCUACGGUGAGCCCAACUUGAAGACUGUUCGUGAACUCAUCUACAAGCGAGGUUACGGAAAGAUCAACAAGCAGCGAAUCCCUCUGGACAACAACGCGAUCAUCGAGAAGCACCUCGGCCAGUACGGUAUCAUCUCUAUCGAGGACAUUGUCCACGAGAUCAUCACUGUCGGACCUAACUUCAAACAAGUCAACAACUUCCUCUACCCCUUCCACCUGAGCAACCCUACCUCUGGGUUCCGAGCCAGGAAGUUCACGGCUUUCGUUGAGGGUGGUGAUGCUGGAAAGCGGGAACACUACAUUAACCAACUUGUCCGCAACAUGAACUAA